AUGCAACAGCACCUGAUGCAGAUGCAGCCCAUGAUGGCUGGUUACUACCCCAGCAAUGUCACCUCUGAUCAUAUCCAGCAGUACCUGGACGAGAACAAGUCGUUGAUUCUGAAGAUAGUUGAGUCUCAAAACUCUGGAAAGCUCAGCGAGUGCGCCGAGAAUCAGGCAAGGCUUCAACGCAACCUAAUGUACUUAGCUGCAAUUGCAGAUUCUCAGCCUCAACCUCCAAAUGUGCAUAGCCAGUAUGGAUCUGCUGGUGGUGGGAUGAUCCAGGGAGAAGGAGGGUCACACUAUUUGCAGCAGCAACAAGCGACUCAACAGCAGCAGAUGACUCAGCAGUCUCUAAUGGCGGCUCGAUCUUCAAUGUUGUAUGCUCAGCAGCAGCAGCAGCAGCCUUAUGCAACGCUUCAGCAUCAGCAAAUGCACCAUAGCCAGCUCGGGAUGAGCUCAAGCAGCGGAGGAGGAAGCAGUGGUCUCCAUAUCCUUCAGGGAGAGGCUGGUGGGUUUCAUGACUUUGGCCGUGGAAAGCCUGAACUGGGAAGUGGUGGGGGCGGUGAAGGCAGAGGAUCAGGGGAUGGUGGUGAAACCCUUUACUUGAAAUCAUCAGAUGAUGGGAAUUAA